CUUGAUUCCGGGAAGGAAUACGGCAAAGCAGGCUGAAGCGUAAUUGCCAUGCCGCGCAAAUGAUGUCGCCACUACCUCAUCGGCAGCCUCAGCGGCCGCGUGCAUAAAGUCUAGCAGCCUUCAGCCACCUUCACUUCCCUCUAAGUAUUCCACCGGCAAACACACACACAUACACCCACCUCAGUCCCUUCUACAACACCUUCGAGCAUACAGCCGUUUAUCCAAUACCCCGACAGACAGACAUCCAAACGCAGAAACAGCAAUCAUGUCCUCCAUCAUCCACUCCCUCUCCGACCUCGCCCAGUCGCUCCUCGAAGUCGUCUGGUCGCUCUUCACCACGGCCGGCGAGCUCGUCCAAAAGACCGUUGAGUUCGUGCUGCAUUUCUUCAGCGGCGCAAUCAACCUUGUCGUCGAGUUCUUCAAGGGCUUGGUUGAUCUGGCCGGUGGCAUUGUGGGCUUCAUCAUGGGCAAUAUCGCGAUCCUUGCGGUCCUCGCCGUCGGCUUCUUCGGCUUCUUGCAGUACCAGCGCCAGCAGGGCAAAACGGUCCAGGUUGGAAAUAAGAAGCUGAACUAGGGCGGCAGCGAUGAGGGACCGGUUGGAGUCCUUGGUGGUGGAGUUCAGGCUUGCGCUUCCUGCGGCAUCAAAUUGAGUAGUGCAAUGGAGCAUAUGAUACCCUAUGAUGCGAUGGAUGGGCAUGCGGAUAAUGGUCUGGCGUUGGCUUGAGUCUUACACCUAGUAAUAAUGUCAAUCCAUACCGAUAGGCACUAAAAUUUUCUGCGC